GACCCACUACUUCAAGAUCUUCCCCCUCAAGUUACUUUAGAGGAAGUCAACUCAAUGAUAGCUUUAGAACAUGGACAGGCUAUGGUAGUUUAUGUUAGGAGAGCAGACGACAUUGUUAUGCCUAUUGUAGUGGUACAGGAUGCGACGGUGUUACAAUUAAAAGAGGCUAUUAAAAGAUAUGUGGUGUUGAAACAAUCGCGAGCCGGAGACACACAACAUCUUAGUUGGAAAUAUAUUUGGAGAAGGUUUUGGCUGUAUUUUGAUAAUCAGAAAUUAACAGAAGAUGGAAAGUGCUUGAAAGAAUAUGGCAUAAGAAAUAAAUGUGAAGUUACGUUUGUUAAGAGACUACAAUCCAAA